UGCUGCCUCCCACCGUGCUGCUGUGGCUGUGCCCCUCCCCUCUAUUCCUCCCUCCUGCCUCUGUCAGCUCGCUCAGGAAACAAGGCGAGACAGAGUAGGCAGCAGUCACAGCUGUCUUGCCACUGACUCGGAGACGUGCUGUGCCUACCAGAGAGGGGAGGACUUCCAUCAACAAGCCAAUAGCUCCGACAGGAAUUUUUCAUUACACAGUUGUUAGGCAAGGAAGCAGGGAGGUGGGGGAAAGCUGAUGUCAUUAGCAGGGGUGUGCGAGUGCAUCAGCAGCCAUGUCACAUGCUGCUAGGUGGGUCAGUGAUGCGGACGGAGAUGCAUGGCAGUUUCACCGGGCACAGAGGCAGCAGAGUCAGAGCUGGCUGCGGUGGGCAGCAGGAGGAUGCUUUUCCCCAACUGUGGUGUGCCUGGCUCCCAGGAGAUGCCGUCAUCCAGGGGCCCGCCGGGUGUCACGGACCUGGGCCUGGGCCUUCAGUCUCUCCGUCUGACCAGCUGGGACAGACCCUGGAGCAGCCAGGACACGGACACACACACCUCCUCGUCCCAGGUUCAGACCAGCUCGCCCUCCAUGCUAGAUAUACUGAACAGUCCCUUCAGUAGCAUACUUGGGAAGCCCCCAGGCUACCUGCCACCUGAGUCCAUGAGCAUGACGGCUGACUUCCUUGAACGGUUCCCUGGCAUGGCUCGCAUGGCUAACCGACUGGACUCGGGCUCCUUUUUGGACUCUCGCUCCAGCAGCCCUGAAGACUCGGAGACCAGCGGCUUUAGCUCUGGCUCGGACCACCUCUGUGACAUGCUGUCCACUUUGCGCAUUUCCCCUCCCCUGCCUUAUCUUGCGUCAAACAUGCAGAAGGAUCUGCUGCGACUCGGCUCCCGUCUGGACUCCCAGGACACAAACUCUCCCCUGACCCCACCGUCCAGUGCCAGCCCCGCCUCCUCGGCCAUUUCCCGUCGCUGGCGUACUGGCUCCCCAUGGCCGGGUGCAGAUGUGCUUGACCAGUCGGAUGACACGUUCAGCAUCGAGAGGGAGGCCCGACUGCACCGCCAGGCUGCAGCUGUGAAUGAGGCCUCAUUCACCUGGAGCGGUCAGCUGCCUCCCAGGAACAACAAGGAUCCUCUGUACUCCUGCAAGGUCUUCCUUGGUGGCGUGCCCUGGGACAUCACAGAAGCUGGUCUGAUCAACACCUUCAGCGGCUUUGGCCCUCUGACUGUGGAGUGGCCGGGUAAGGAUGGGAAGCACCCUCGCUGCCCUCCCAAAGGUAAUGUGGCCAAAGGCUAUGUUUACCUGGUGUUUGAGAAUGAGAAGUCUGUACGGGCUUUGCUGCAUGCCUGCUCCCAGGACCCGUUUCACCCCGAGGACAACAGGGAGUACUACUUCAAGAUGUCCAGCCGCAGAAUGCGAUGCAAGGAUGUGCAGGUGAUACCCUGGGUGAUCUCCGACAGUAACUACGUGCGCUGCCCUGCCCAGCGUUUGGACCCCAGUAAGACGGUGUUUGUUGGUGCGCUGCAUGGCAUGCUGAACGCUGAGGCGCUGGCCAGCAUCAUGAACGACCUGUUUGGAGGCGUCAUGUAUGCUGGCAUUGACACGGACAAGCACAAGUACCCCAUAGGCUCUGGACGUGUCACUUUCAACAAUCAGCGCAGUUACCUGAAAGCUGUGUGUGCAGCAUUUGUGGAGAUUAAAACGCCUAAGUUUACAAAGAAGGUUCAGAUCGACCCCUACCUGGAAGACUCCAUGUGUCAAGUUUGCCUUCGCCAACCUGGGCCUUUCUUCUGCAGAGACCAGGCCUGCUUCAAGUACUACUGCCGCUCUUGCUGGCACUGGCAGCACUCCAUGGACAUCUUGAGCAACCACCGGCCCCUCAUGCGCAACCAGAAGAACAGAGACUCCAGCUAAAGCAGACGGAUCCAGACGCUGUGAAGGGCCCGAGGAAGAGCCCCCCACCGUAUGAGGCGCGGAGCUGCCGGCCAAGGAGAGCACGUGUGCCGGACAGGGACGUCCACCAUGGCACGCCACCAGGCACUGGGGAUAUAUCACUGUAGAAAAUGUUCACUUUUGCACUUGCUACAUUUUUGCUGUUCACAGUGGCACUAUGCACCGUGACCUUGUUGGGAGAGACAAGGGGCCCUUCACACUUAUGCAUUUUUCCCAGACUUGUGGCCAGACAGAUGGGAGUCAGCCUAAGGUUAAGAAAUGGUUGAAAAUGCCAUUUCUUUCUCUUUUUUUUUCCCUUUUUUUUCUUUUUUUGUUUACAUGUGUUGCAUAGUGAAGAGCAAUCACGCAAGUCUCAUUGCCGUUCAUUGGCAAAUGCCAUACAGUGCCUUUAAAUUUUUAUUUUUCCCCCCCUCCUCCCUCCCUCCCUCCCCCUACCCCCAGUUGGCGUCUGUUUUUUCCUGUGCAAGCCAACUGGUGUUUCUUACUUUUGGGAGUUGAAUGUUGGGCUUCAUUUAACCAGUCGCAUUUCAGACAUUUUUACGCAGUUUUUUACUAAUUUGUACACAAACGGUUUUAAGUCAUGACAUGAAAAUUUUGAACAGAAUUCUACCAGGUGGCUGUUUAUGGGAAACCCCCCUUUUAGUUUUUUUUCUCAUACAUUUUUCCGUGGCUUUUUUUUCACCCCCCCCUUUUUUAAUUUGCCCUCCCAAAUUUCAACAGAAUGGGCACAAAAUGUUGGAUGUACUUUAACUUGCUUCGUUGGUCCGGUUAUAUUAAAUGUGUGUAACAAUAGUACAGGAUAUGCUUCAACUGGUAAUCAUUUAUUUUUUUUUAUUUAUAUUUUUUUUUCCAAAGCAACUGAUGGAUCCUAUUGAAACUAGAGUGAAUGAAGAUUUGAUUGUACAUAGUUUUGAUUUUUGCACUUUUUAAUUUGCACGUGUGGAGAGGUGGCAGUGGUUUUUAAUCACUUUUGUACAUCAGCAGGGGGACACGCCUAUGUUAGAACAGCUGCUUGUUUCCUGUUGAAUGUAAGAACUUCCACUUAAAUUAUCUAUCCAGAGCUUGAGUAGACCCCAGUAAAUGAUCCCCACGCUUUCUUAUCCCAUUUUUGCCUUCAUGUUCCAGUUGGACAUCAAUGCAUAAUAAGCUGUGUGCCAAAGACAAAGUGUCUUUUCUUUAUCCAUUAGGUUUGUCCUGCUGAGCUUGUUGUCCCUUAGCCCAGCUGCUUUUUAGAGUUUUGAAGUCUACCUCAUUGUGGUCUGCCAAGUUUGCUGCUACUUACAGUUGUGGAGUAUGUUCAGAUUGGGCACAAUAAAGGUGUUUAAGCAUUA